UCGGAGCCGCGGGCGGGUCUAGCCAUGGCCGAGGGCAUACCGGCCUCCCCGUUGGGCCGCGCAGGCGGCCGGGGCCUGCACAGCGGCAUCAUCCAGUGGUUGGUUGACAAUUUCUGCAUGUGCGAAGGAUACAGUGUGCCUCGCUGCCUCAUGUAUGAGAUAUAUGUGGAGACCUGUGGGCAGAAUGCUCAGAACCAAGUCAACCCAGCCAUGUUUGGGAAGCUCGUACAUUUGGUUUUCCCUGAUCUUGGCACCCGGAGGCUGGGAACGAGAGGCAGUGCCAGGUAUCAUUACGACGGAAUCUGUAUCAAGAGAAGUUCUUUCUUCUAUGCCCAGUAUUGCUACCUUCUGGGUGAAAAAAGGUGUCCCAGUGGAGACACUGUUGCCUUUGAAAAGUCUACUAAUUAUAACUGCAAUCUCCAAGAAGAAAGAGCAGGUGACAGUCACUCACCGAUCAAGACAGAUCCCAUUGGAUCCCCUUUGUCUGAAUUCAGGAGAUGUCCAUUCUGGGAGCAGGAACUGGCAAAGAAAUACUCCUAUCAAAUGGUGGCCUUUCUUGCUGAUGAAUACUGCAACUGCUGUCAAGACAUUUUGCAACAUGUGAGAAACCAACAACUCGAGAGGGUGGAAGGCUUGCUGAUGUCCUUCUGGAAGUCUCUGCAGCAAGACACAGUGAUGCUCCUGUCACUCCCUGACGUGUGCCAGCUCCUUAAGUGCUAUGACGUGCAGCUGUACAAGGGAAUUGAGGACAUUCUCCUCCAUGACUUUUUGGAAGAUGUUUCUAUUCAGUAUUUGAAAUCUGUCCGGUUGUUUAGUAAGAAAUUCAAGCUGUGGCUCCUCUCUGCUCUGGAGGGCUUUCCAGACCUCUUACAGAUCUCCAAAUUCAAAGAGGUUACUGUGUUUGUCAAAAGGCUAAGAAGAAAGACAUACCUUUCCAACAUGGCGAAGACCAUGAGGAUGGUGCUGAGAAACAGCAGGAGGGUCAGCGUCCUGAAGACGGAUCUAUGCACCAUCUUACAUCAGGGCGUUUUGAAUAUUUCCCAGAAAGUCCUGCCUAGGGACCUGAGCGGUGCCGAUGUCCUGGAAGAGAACACAGAGAUGAAAUGUUUGAGCAGUUUAAUUUCUUUGCUGGGGACGUCAACAGAUCUCAGUGUAUUCAUGAAUUGUCUGUCUUCAAAUCUCCAAGAAUUUGUCUUCCAGCCAAGCAGAAGCAAAGAGGAGUUUAUCCAGUUGGCCGCCAGCUUCCAGCUGAGGUGGAAUUUCCUCCUCACGGCGGUGAGCAGAGCCAUGACCCUCUGUCACAGAGACAGCUUCGGCUCCUGGCACCUGUUCCAUUUGCUGCUUUUGGAAUAUGUGAUUCACAUACUUCAGUCGUGCAUUGAGGAGGAAGAGGAGGACGACGACGUGGGAAGUCUCAAGGAGACACUGCCAGAUGGCCAGUGUCCUGUCCAGCCAGACCAUGAGCCCCACCACCCUCCAGACUGCCCCCCAGCUCAGGAGUGUGAAAGCCUGAGUGCAGAUCCCCCCCGGGUGAUGCUCAGAUGCAGGGACCAGAGCCCCGGUGCCACGGCGGGGAGCAGUGUGGUGGUCAGGGUGCCCGGCUUCCUGGUGGACACCGUCACGGGCAGCAAGCUCAUCCAGGUAUUGUUGGAAGAUAGAGCCACAGAAAACACCAUCAAACUCAGCCUUCCUCUGGGACAAGAGACCCUCAUAACCCUGACAGAUGGACAAAAAUUUGUGAUCCACAUAUCGGAUGUAUCCCAAAGCUCUGAGGAUAUUUAUCUUAGGGAAAGUAAUGCUGACAUGGGAGAUUAUUUAUUGGACUGAGAAAACAUACAUUUUUUUCAUUCUUAAGAAUAGAGUAAAUGAUAAUACUUUUUUAUUGGUGAGAAAGAAGAUUUUGUGUAAAUAAUAGAGGUAGCACUGUUUUCUGUUUAUAUGUAUUUCAAGGAAUUGGUUUUGAUGAAUCAUAUAAACUGAU